AUGUACCUUCUCGUGAGCACCGAAGUGACCGUGACGACGGGCCCGACGAUCGUCGGCGACGAAGCCUCCGACCCCGAGCUCAUGCAGACGCUGGGCGCGCGCCUCGUGCAGGCCAAGUGCCAAACCUACAAGCACUAUACCGUCUCGGCGCCACCACGAUCGGUGCUCGACAAGCUCGAGCGCCUCGGGUUUGAGAUCUGCGGCAUGAGCGGCCUCGGCCAAUCCAUCGUCUGGACUAUGCGCAAGUGCUCGUAG